AUGGCGUUUCAUGCCCAGGAUGAGCAGCACAUGCGCAAGGACGCUGCUCGACCGGGUUCCGCUCGUCGUCGCGGCCGAGGUCGGGCAGCUUGCUGUGGAGCUGAAAGAGGGGAAUAUCCAAAUCCCGCAAGCCAUAUCCAACCGGAUCUCCAAUCGGCCAAGGGCAGCAGUCAAUGUGAAGGCAAAGCAACUUUGGACACAGAAGAUCCACUCGAGAGGUGGUCUUUGGAGGGCACAUCCUUUGAUGUCCAGUCUGAAUUGACAAGUCACUUCCAAAGUGUUUGGGAGGAGAUGGAGAACGAGCGGAACCUGCUGCGGGAGAAGCUCUCGCGCCUGGAGAAGCAAGAACUCACGCUCAUCGAGGAGCGGCGAAACCUGCAGAAGCAGCUGAACGACCUCAGCCUCAACCAUCGCGCUGCGCAGAUUGAGCUCCAACGGAAGGCCGAGCACCUGGAGCGGACCGAGAAGAACUUGCAGACGUUGCAGGAGAACCACCAGGAACUCCAAGAUGCCCACCGUGCCAUGGGCGUCGAGGUGGAUCACCUGCGCGAGGACGUGGCCCGAAUGGACGACCAGCUCCACCGGGAGACGACCCUGCGGAAGAGCCUGCAAGAGGAGAAGAAGACUUUGAUGGCUCAGGUGCAGAACCUGGUGGUGCAACUCGAGACCACACGCCUGGCCGUGGAUUCCACCCAGCGCGAGCUGGUCGAUGUGACCGAUCACAAGGUGCGCUUGGAGGGCAUUUUGCGUGAUACCAAGUCCGCCAUGCAGAAGGUCACGCUCGAGCAGCAAAUUGAGCAGAAGUCCCACGCCCAGCGGACGGCGAUGUUGGAGAAGGUGAUCUCCGAUGAGCGCGCGGAGCGGCGGAACCUGGUGAACGAGACGCUGGAGGUGAACUCCCAGCGUGCCGAUACAUUAGACUGCCUUCGGCGAGCACAGAACGAGAUCACAGAGAUCAAGCGCCAGCGCUUGGAGUAUGAGGAGGAGAUUGAGCGGCAAAAGGUGAUGAUCGCAGCCCAAGAGCAGCGCAUCGCCGAGCAACUGGUGACGGUGGACAAGUACCACGCAGUGGUCGCGUCCCACGAAGCCGAGAUGCGAGAGAUCCAGAUGCUCCUGGAAUGCGAACGAGAAGAAGCCGCCCGAAAGAUGGCCGAGCUUCAGGAUGCCUUUGCGGCAGCGAAGAAGAGCCUGGAGCAACGCCUGGACCAACACCGUUUCAGCUACGAGGAUCUGUGGGCCUUGAUUUGUCUCAGGGAGGAUGAGAAGUCCAAGGAAGCCGAGCGAGCGAAACGGAACUCUCUGGAGGAGCAGGUCAGAAAGCUGAACGCUCAGAUUGAGAUGGUCCAGGAAGAGGCCACGUCCAACUUCAAGCGAGCGGAGCGCGCCGAGACGCAGGUGCGUCAGCGGGACACGCAGAUCGAAGACUUGCACGACGAUAUCAGCAAAGCGAUGAGAGAGCGUGAUGAAUGGAAAGAUAAACUGAGCCGAGUGCUUCCUGACGUGGAGCAUUGCAGCAUGGGCCGAGAGGACUACCAAAUGCAGUACGAACGCAUUCGGCACAGUACAGAGGUCUUCGAAGAAGUGAGGGCCAGCCUCGAAAGACAACUGACCCAAGCGAAGAUGGAGAUCCAACGUCUGGUGGCCGCCAUGCACCGGCAAACGAUGGACGCGAGCACUCAAGUCCAGCUUGCCCUAAGUGACGGCCAAGUGCAGACGGACCUCUCCUAUCAGUACCUGGAGCAGGCGGAGCACUUGCAGGACGACCGCUGGCGCAGGGACAGGUUGGAUUCUCUGAAACGGGCCUCGAACUUUGUGGAUGACCCAGAGGAGAAGCGGGAUUUCACGGUGAUCAUGCGCACCACGGCCCCGCCUGUGGCGCGCCUGGAGCCAGAGACGUCCGCCUCCUCGGAGUUUCCGGCGCCCUUCCCACGGCCGCCGGGUGCUGUGUUCGGUGCCCAGCCCAGCGACUCGUGGCCCCCGGUGCGGCCGCCGCUGGCGACGCCCUCGGUGAGCUCGCAGAAGAUCCAGGCCAUGCGGCGCAGCUUCCCCAGCGCGGGCAGUGCAGGGUUCCACGUCGCGCAGGCCCCAGGUCUGAUGCCAUCACUGAACCUGGUGAUGAAGGUGACCAGCACCCACGGGAAGUGGUACAUGCAGUGCAUGAAGCUCAUAUGGGCUCACUACUGGGGGGACCCGCCGUCUCCGCGGCCGCGCACCUUUGCAUCAGUGGUACAUUGGUACACCACGAUGUCCAAAGGAUUGAAAGGCAAGCGCCUUCCUUUGCGAUACAACGAUUUCCAAAAGGCCAACUUCUUUGGUGUUCGAGCUUUGAAACGUGGAACGAGGGUGGAUCUUGAAGUGAGCUGCUGCUGGCUGGCAGUGGAGGUUGCCACGUUCACCAACAGAGCCUUCGACCUCUUCGACCAGGGACCACAGUGGGGCCAAGCCCAACUGCGUGCCUCAGUACCAGCAGCCAUGCCCAUGAGGAAGCCAGCUGCCAGUGCAACCAUGGCUGUCUCCCAGCCAGAUGAGGACCAGGUCCAACCUUUGCUGCUGUGGGAUAUCUGGCUCCACUGCAAGAAUCCACAGCCAAAGUAUCUUGAGAGGGGAGGCUAUUGCCAUGCUCAAGAUGCCAUUGUCUAUGCAGAUGGUGGUAGUUGGAAAGUGGCCCAGGUGCAGUUCCAUGUCAUUGGCAUUGCACCUUUGUCCAGCCCUGGGUCUGCCAAGCGCGAGGACAGGUUAGCCUUGCUGAAGCACUGGCUCUGCUUCGGUUGGUUCUACUGCUACAGUCUUGUGAUGCGUGCAAAGCAUGGCCACAUCCAGCACACCAGUAUCCCAAUUUUUUGCAUCUCUGCUGAGAAGCGGCUGCGACGAAGAAGGUUUGAGUACCAGAUUGACGAUUCCUACUGCAUACGAUGCGCGCAGCUUUUAGGCUCAGCAAGCCGGCGUUGUGUGGUCACAUUCCUCUCUUUGCCCGUGACCAUGCCAGCUUUUGAGCCACGCUUGGCACCUUUGCCCAACAGUUUCUUCGUGGUCCCGGAGGACGAAAACACAGCGUCCAAGCUCCGCCGCAGUGCGAGUUUCUCAGGCUACAUCCCACACAAGUAUGCGGAUGAUGCACAAAAGGAAGCAAACUUGGCAGCUCCAGAAGCACUCAGCACAUCUCCAAGUACACCUCAUGCGCUCGGCAACCGCCAAAUCCUUUUGAGCGAAUGCUCGGGCGACUUCGUGGGGUGCGAGGAGCCAGACAGCCAAGCGGACAACGACCUGGAGGAACCUUGGCUAGACACCGAUGAUGAACUCGAGCCUGGGACUCUCCCCUUGCCGCUUCCGUUGCCUCCAUCCCAGGGCAUGCGCUUUGUCCUCCCUCAUAGACCUGAACAUCACCGCAAUCCAAUGGCGCCUGUGUGCGCGAUGCCACAGGUUCAACUGGAUCAAAGGGGGGGCUUUGCCAUGACCUUGGCGCCUGGUGCGCAGGCGAACUUGGGAAGUUCUUUGCCGCCUAGGCCAGAGAGCUAUCAAAGGCAGGGGCCAGGCGGCCAAGCUUGGGACAGGCAGUGCUUCGAUGGCCGUGGGUAUGGUGCAACUGGGAGGACGUUCGACAGUGGCACGGAGCUUGGCCCAGUGGAGGGGCACGUGGUGGCCUGCGCGGUAAAAGGCCGACGCCAGGGCCUUGGGUGCAGUUCCACCCAAGCAGAGAGUAAGAAACAAUGUCAUCGAGAGGUUCUACAGGCCAUGAAGACGGGGGAUCUCGCAUUGAAGAAGGCUCGAGCGAUGAUGCCGGCGGUGAACCUGCAGCCCCGGUUUAGCCUUAGCAGCUGAGGUGGAGAAGCAUGUGGCCAUCCCAGGUGGAUGGCGAAGAUAUGGAGUGGAGAUGAUGGCUGAUGGCAUUUGGAAUGGAACACUUGGUCAGGAGACCCAACACAUGGUAUGUUUUGGAUUCGGUG